GUCCACCGCGCCGCCAUGCCGCGCCACCGGAGCUCGACGCAGAAAGUGGUGCGCCGCGUCCAUCCUCCCCACCACCACCACAGUCCUCCUCCUGUAACAUCCUGUGCCCCUUUUUCAUCGUCAUCGGCCUCCUCCUUUCCCCCACCAAACCCAUCUCCAGUUCUCCACCAUCACACGAUCGAGCAUCUCGGGGCCGCGACUUCUUGCUUUUCCGCCCUCGCCACCACAUCGACACGCCGAGAUCCGCCGUUGCAUCGCCUCCAAUCGAGCCCGCUCACCUCCUGCAUCACCAGCACCACUCUCCGCCUCCCUGGCCGCCGUCGCGCCGGGUCGAGUGCCGCUCGCGUGCGCGCCUCCUUCCCCACCGCCGAUUGGAUUCUUGUGCAGAAAUCCAUCAAUUCCUCAAUCCUCACUAGACACAUCAACGCUCCAACUCCAGGCUAGAGAAGAGCAGAAGGCUUGCGGAGAAGAAUGGCUUCUGCCGAGCGCAGCAAGAAGCUGAGGGUCCUGCUCAUGCCCUUCUUCGCCACAAGCCACAUCGGCCCCUGCACCGACCUCGCCGUCCGCCUCGCCGCGGCCAGACCGGAUGUCGUCGAGCCCACUCUCGCCGUCACCCCGGCCAACGUCUCGGUCGUCCGAUCAGCCCUCAGGCUGCAUGGCUCUGCGGCGAGCACCGUGGUCAGCAUCGCCACGUAUCCGUUCCCGGAAGCGGCCGGCCUCCCACCGGGCGUCGAGAACCUCUCCACCGCCGGCGACGAAAGGUGGCGCGUUGACGCCGCUGCCUUCGACGAGGCGAUGACAUGGCCAGCACAGGAGGCGCUCAUCAAGGACCAAUCUCCCGACGUCCUCAUCACAGACUUCCACUUCUCGUGGAACGUCGGCAUCGCCGAGGAACUCGCCAUGCCCUGCGUUCAACUCAACGUCAUCGGUUUAUUCUCCACGCUCGCCGUAUACCUUGCCGCUGCCGUCGUGAAUGACUCCGAUUCGGAGGAGCUCACCGUCGCAGGGUUUCCGGGGCCGGAGCUACGGAUCCCGAGGUCAGAGUUGCCGGAUUUCUUGACCGCUCAUCGGAAUCUCGACUUAGUGGACAAUAUGCGCAAGUUGGUACAAGUGAACACGAGGUGCCAUGGCUUCGCCGUCAACUCGUUCUUGUUCCUGGACAAGCCAUACUGUGAGAAGUUCAUGUGCAACGGCUUCGCGAAGCGCGGCUACUACGUCGGUCCCCUCUGCCUUCCGCAGCCACCGGCCGUAGCUAGCGUCGGUGAGCCCACUUGCAUCAGCUGGUUGGACUCGAAGCCGAACCGAUCGGUGGUGUACAUAUGCUUCGGCACAUUUGCUCCCGUCUCGGAGGAGCAGCUCCAUGAGCUGGCUCUCGGGCUGGAAGCCUCCGGUAAGCCGUUCCUUUGGGCGGUUAGGGCGGCCGACGGGUGGGCGCCGCCGGCGGGGUGGGAGGAGCGUGUCGGUGACAGGGGAUUGCUUGUCAGAGAUUGGGUCCCGCAGACGGCGAUACUUGCCCACUCGGCGACGGCGGCGUUCUUGACGCACUGUGGCUGGAACUCAGUGUUAGAGGGUGUGACGGCUGGUGUCCCGUUGCUGACAUGGCCGCUGGUGUUCGAGCAGUUCAUCACGGAAAGGCUGGUCAUGGACGUCCUGCGGAUUGGGGAGAGGGUGUGGGACGGAGCACGAAGUGUACGGUACAAGGAGGCGGCGCUGGUGCCGGCGGCGGCGGUGGCGCGGGCCGUGGCGAGGUUCUUGGAGCCUGGAGGGGCAGGGGACGCGGCGAGGAUCAGAGCGCAGGAUUUCGCGGCGGAGGCUCAUGCGGCCGUGGCGGAAGGUGGCUCUUCGUAUGGAGAUCUGCGCAGGCUCAUCGACGAUCUUGUUGAAGCAAGGGCGGACGCCGGCGAGUCCGCGCUGCAACCUCUGUAACCUGUCGUUUCUCUAUACGAUACCGAGACAUUCGUUCCAGACUCCAUCCAGUUCAUCUCGUUCUGUUGCGUUCAAUCAAAAUAAAUUACGAUGUGAUGUAUUGAUACAUGGGAUCACCUAUAUAUUUGUUGAUAUAAUUUUUUAAAAAAUUUGACAGAUGUAAUUAUAGUAUAAUUGUGAUAUAAUUACACUGUAACUUAUAUGUAACUUCUAUGAAACUUUCAAAAAUAUCUUGUAAUAUAAUAUUGGUGAAACGGAGGUUGUGGGGACGAGUCCUCUCA